CGUAAAACUCCGAUCAACUGACUUCAAAGACCGAUAAUGAAGGACGACGCGGAAUUGGGACCAGAUAAAACUAUACAAGCCGGAAAUAUAGAAGAAAUCCAUAAUGUCCCUAUCGAUAUACUAAUUAGACCACUAGUAUCGCAGGGCCUUGAUAAUAAUAAAGUGGAGAGCUUAAUGAAAACCAUACAGAAUCCCGAAACAGCAGACGACGUUCCUCCAAUAGAUGUCCUGUGGAUCACUGGUCGAGAAGGCGGGAAUUAUUAUUAUUCAUUUGGUGGUUGCCAUCGUUACCAGGCAUAUAAACAAUUAAAAUUACCCACAAUACCGUGCAAACUGUUUAAAUCUACUGUCAGUGACUUGAGAAACUAUUUGGGCAAUUCUACACCCGAUCUUAAAUGAAGAAACAAGUGCAUCUCAUGCUGUUGACAAGUUGUUGUUAAAGGGACAGUUGCGCCAUUUUGACCAAGGCCACCGGAACUAGCAUGACCAAGAAAGACGUAUCUCGAGUUCGGAGGCAAUAGGCUAUUUUGAGAUUUUACACACCGUAAUGGAUGGAUAUAACCAACGCAAUGGAUGGAUAUAACCAACAUCUCACUUUAAAAAGCAAAACAAAACAAUAGUCGAUUCAACAAGGACAUAUUUUUCAUUUUUUUUUUCACAUACAAAGACAUAGGGUGCCGACGUGGCUUCAUAUAGACAUAAUUAUGACGUAACAAAUCACAAAAUCUGUGUUGAAAAUAUACCACUAAAACAAUAAAAAAUGGCCCACGAGAAAAAUCAACAAAAAUAACCAAACUUAAUAAGACGGAAUUAAAGAAUAACAGAGCAAUUAUAAAAUUAAGUAAUUAAUAUGACGUCAACGGAAGUAAUAAAACCGGAAGUGGCACUUAAAGUAUAAUGCCACGUGAUAAUAUUUUAUAUUUCACAUUCAGCGUACCACUUCCGGCAGAGCCCUCAUAUAUCACUGACGUCAUAAACAAAAAUUAAAUAAGACAAAUCAAUCGAUACUUGGUAUAUAGAACCAUCAAGUACCAUGUUCGGAAAGUCGAAAAUAUAACAAAAAUCACAUAAGGGGUCUGGCAAAUAAACUUACUAUCCAUUCCGAUCACAAAAACCAAAACUCACUUCACCAAAAAAUGUCAUAAAUUAGACCUACGAUAUCAUUUUUGCGAGAGAACGGUUAAUACAAAAAUAUGCUUUGUGAUUCCUCAACGGUGUACGAGUGAGAUGAUAUAUAUAACCCUUGAUAACGCUGAUAUUCUUUUCAAUUAAGACCACAAACUCAUAUGUUACUUACGCCUUUAUCGAAUUAAGCUAAUUGUUAUUGGGUAUUUGGGAAGUAUUCGAACAUUUCGGUUGUAUCGCAGAAUUUAAUUGGUUGAGAACUGAAUUUUCAACCAAUCAAAUAAGUGACAAAAAUA